CUAACAUCCAAAAUAGAGUAGCUAUCCCCACUUGAUUGUCAAACAAGAGACUAUUGCCAAACACACCUUAAUUAUUUUGCUUCUCCAAUAACCCAUAUGAAUUAAUUUCCCUUUUCCUUAAAACGCGUUGGUUGCAAAAUUAUAAUUGAAUUUUUCAGACCAAAAUCUUCGCAAAACUGAAAAUCACACAUUGAUCAAAUUUCCCCUUUUCUUUUAGAGCCCUAACGAGCUGGAUAUCGUCUCUCCGUCACUUCUCCCCGACGACGGAAAAAUAAUGGCCGACACGACGGUGAUCGCCGUCGAUCAUCCGCCGCUUACGAUCGACGACUACGAUUCGGGGCUCUCAGUGCCACCCUUCGACACCGAUUUCUUCUCUCAAGGCGCUCAAGGCGACGGCCAAAACGACGCCGUCGUCGACGACCUCGAUUUCGAUUUCUCCUUCGAUGAUCUCUACCUUCCUUCUCCCGAUGAGCUCGACGACCUCCUUAACCCUUCCCAAAUUCAGGAAUUCGCUGCGCAUGUGGAUCAAUUUCCCGUCCAUAUUCUCGGUGAGGGCUGUAAUUUGGGCUAUAUUAGCUCCGAUGACGCCGGAAUUUCGAAUUCCGGUUCACCUGUAUUGGAGCCGCAUCAAAUUCCCGGCCAUCUGAGUGUGCCGUCGCCCGAAUCGAAUGGAUCGAAUCAUGAAACCCCAGAGAAUUGCAACGAUGACGUGAAAGUGACGAGUUGGCCUUCCCCUGAAUCUAGGGGAUCGGACAUUUGCGGCUCCAAUGUCUCCAAGGAGUCAAAAAAUCGCAUCAACCGGUCAGUGGAUUUCUCCCCCAGCCCUAAUAAUUCCAUGUCCAAUGAAACUGCUAUGGCUAAUCAGAAGGCCAAGUCUGAGGAGCUUUCGAAAAUGAAAAUCCGUAGCUCCUCGUUGAAAAGGAAAAAGGACAGUGAGAAUCCCGAGAAUAGCAACAGCAGCAACAACAAUGGCGUGUUAAGUGAAGAAGAUGAGAAAAGAAAGGCGAGGCUGAUGAGGAACAGGGAGAGUGCACAGCUAUCGAGACAGAGGAAAAAACACUAUGUUGAGGAGUUGGAGGAGAAAGUGAAGAUGAUGCAGUCUACCAUUCAAGACUUAAACACGAAAGUAGCUUACUUUAUGGCCGAAAACACCACUUUGAGGCAACAAAUGGGAGGCAAUAUUUCGGCUCCACCUCCCGGAAUGUAUCCUCCUCCGUCCAUGAUGAUGUAUCCAUGGAUGCCUUGCCCGCCUUAUGUGACAAAGCAAGGAUCUCAAGUUCCCUUAGUGCCGAUUCCCAGGUUGAAGCCCCAGCAGCCGGCACAAGCGCCACUGAAGGCCCCCAAGAAGGUGGAGAACAAGAAAGGCGAACGGCCAACAAAGAUUAAGAAAGUUGCUAGUGUUAGUUUCCUGGGUAUACUCUUUUUCUUCAUGCUGUUUGGGUGCUUGGUCCCGAUUUUCAACGUGAGGUAUGGAGGAGUGAGGGAUACAUUGACAAUCGGGGGAAGUUAUGAUGGGGUUUUUGAGGAACAUCAUAAUGGCAGGGUUUUGAUGAUGAAUGGAACCAGGAGUCGUGAUAAUGUAACCGAACCACUUGUUGCGUCACUGUAUGUGCCGAGAAAUGAUAAACUUGUGAAGAUAGAUGGUAAUCUGAUUAUACAUUCAGUUCUGGCGAGCGAGAGGACCGUUUCUUCUAGUGAAGACACUGCUAUUGCGGUUCGUGGAGGGUUGAGUCACACUGUUCGUGUUCCAGAGCUAAGGGCUAUUGGGUCUGGCUCGGCAGACAGGGUCGAGAGGAAGCUGAGCGCAACUGAUGGCAAGAUACAACAGUGGUUCCAGGAGGGGCUUGCUGGGCCAAUGUUGAGCACCGGCAUGUGUACCGAAGUUUUCCAGUUUGAUGUCUCGUCAGCUUCAGGAGCCAUAGUCCCAGCAGCUGCAGCCACAGCCACAGCCACAGCCACAGCCACACAGAACAUAACCCAAGGGCAUAACCGUAAUUCCACUCAACUUACCCGGGCCGCCAAGAACCGAAGAAUCCUUCGUGGCCUCCCUAUUACACAUUCCGAAUCCACUCACAAUAUUUCUAAACGAAGCUCGGGAAAAAAAAACCCACACGAACACGGAUUGAAUGGAAAUAAUACCGUCUCACCUAUGGUGGUUUCGGUUCUUGUCGACCCUCGAGAGGUCGGUGGUGAUGCUGACGUGGAUGGCGUCAUCAAAUCGAAGUCCCUUUCCCGGAUAUUUGUGGUCGUGUUGAUCGACAGCGUUAAGUACGUUACGUACUCUUGUGGGCUCCCAUUUAAGGGGUCCCCACAUCAUUUGGUGACUACUUAGAUUAGGUUUAGGAGUUGAAACUUGAAAGUACUGGCUGAAAUAAAUUUACUUAACUUGGUAUAAUUGAAAUUUAGUAUUUAACCAUCAUGAAUUUACUUAUUGGACUUGUAAGUUGUGACUGAUGCUGCUUUGUGUAUUCGACUGUAAUUGAUAUGAUGAGCCUAUGGUAAUUCUGUUAACUUUUUUACCUGCCUGAAAUACUUGGUGAGAAUCAACUUAUUUACAGUUUGCUGUUCA